AUGAGAGUGGUGACUUCUCCACCCUCCACAGCCCGGGUUUUCCACGGACCCGGGACCCGCGCCGACAGCCGCGCCGCGAUCAGCGGGCACCUGGACUGCGUGCGGCUGCUCGUGGAAAACGGUGCCAGCCUCACGAAGACGGAUAAGCUGGGAUUCGCCGCGGCAGCCCACGCGCGCAGGAAGGGCCACAUGCCUUGCGCGCGGGUUCUGAACGAGGAGACGGCCCUGGCUGUGUGCUGA